GCACGGCACCUUUUCACGAGGUAUUACGGUAACGUGAGGUAGGCGUGCUUUGCGUUGGAAUGUACCAUUCUGCCAACACACCGGGAAGGAUUUUGUUGUGACAGCGGAGUAACAACCCGGCGGGGGUAGACGGUAAUAACGUAGGUUUUUCACCUUGCAUCAACAAUGGCCUUCAGCAAGGGAUAUCGCAUUUACCACAAGCUGGAUCCACCCCCUUACAGUGUCAUAGUGGAAACCAGGACCAGGGAAGAAUGCCUCAUGUUUGAAUCAGGGGCUGUUGCUGUUCUGUCGGCAGCAGAGAAGGAGGCCAUUAAAAACACAUAUGCCAAGAUUGUUGAUGCCUAUGGCAUCCUGGGUGUCCUCCGCCUAAACUUGGGUGAUUCCAUGCUCCACAGUCUGGUGGUUGUGACAGGAUGCAGCUCUGUGGGGAAAGUGCAGGAUUCUGAGGUUUUCAGGGUCACACAGACAGACUUUAUAUCGCUGAAGAAUGACCCAGCAGAUGAGGACCGCAUAGCUGAGGUGCGAAAGGUCCUGAACUCAGGACACUUUUACUUUGCCUGGUCUGCCACUGGAGUCAGCAUGGACCUGAGUCUCAAUGCACAUCGCAGGACCCUGGAAGACACUACAGAUAACCGCUUCUUCUGGAACCAAUCUCUGCACCUGCACCUGAAACACUAUGGAGUUAACUGUGAUGACUGGCUGUUGAGGCUGAUGUGUGGUGGUGUGGAGAUCAGGACCAUUUAUGCAGGGCACAAACAGGCCAAGGCCUGCAUCUUCUCACGCCUCAGCUCAGAACGGGCAGGCACACGAUUCAACGUCAGAGGAACAAAUGAUGACGGACAGGUGGCCAACUUUGUGGAGACUGAACAGGUUAUUUUCCUGGAUGACAAGGUCUCAUCCUUCAUACAGAUCCGUGGGUCCAUUCCUCUUUUCUGGGAACAGCCAGGAAUCCAGGUUGGAUCUCAUCGUGUCAAACUCUCGAGGGGAUUUGAGGCAAAUGCGCCAGCAUUUGAAAGACACUUCACUGCACUGCGGAGGUUGUAUGGUAAACAGGUGAUCAUCAAUCUGCUUGGGAGCAAGGAAGGGGAACACAUGCUCAGCAAAGCGUUCCAGAGUCACUUGAAGGCAUCAGAGCAUGCGACAGCAGUGAAAAUGGUGAACUUUGACUACCAUCAAAAUGUGAAGGGGGGCAAGGCAGACAAACUCCACAGUGUCCUCAAACCCUACCUCAGCAAGUUUUUAGAGGAGUGUGGGUUCUUCUACUACUCGGGAGAGACGGGCAUCGCAAAGACUCAGGGUGGGACCAUUAGGACCAACUGCUUGGACUGUCUGGACAGAACCAACAGUGUUCAGGCCUUCUUUGCCCUUGAGAUGUUGCCAAAGCAGCUGGAGGACAUGAGUCUGACAGAGAAACCCCAGCUGGUGGCCCGGUUCCAGGAGGUUUUUAGGACCAUGUGGUCAGCCAAUGGAGACUCCAUCAGUAAGAUCUACGCAGGCACCGGUGCCCUGGAUGGCAAGGCCAAGGCGGGAAAGCUAAAAGAUGGCGCUCGUUCCGUGACAAGGACCAUCCAGAACAACUUCUUUGACAGCUCCAAGCAGGAGGCUAUAGACAUCCUGAGGCUGGGCUCCACACUCAACAGCGAUUUGGCGGACAAAGCUCGUGCCUUGCUCACCACGUCCAGUCUAUAUGUCACUGAGCCCGUCUUACAAUCAGCUUCCCCAAGAGUAUUGCUGGGAAUGUGUCAGAACUACCAUAAAUACACGAGGCCCAAGCAGAUCCGGGUGUGUGUCGGCACCUGGAAUGUCAACGGCGGUAAACAGUUUCGCAGCAUUGCUUUCCGCAAUCAGACACUCAACGACUGGCUGUUGGAUGCUCCAAAGAAGGCAGGGCAUCCUGAGUUCCAGGACAGCAAAGCCAACCCCGUAGAUAUCUUUGCCAUUGGCUUUGAAGAAAUGGUUGAACUGAAUGCUGGCAAUAUUGUCAGUGCGAGCACUACAAACCAGAAACUAUGGGCAGCUGAGCUACAAAAAAACAUAUCGCGGGACCACAAGUAUGUGCUGCUUGCUUCAGAGCAGCUGGUGGGAGUGUGUCUGUUUGUUUUCAUCCGCCCACAGCACGCACCCUUCAUCAGGGAUGUUGCCGUAGAUACUGUAAAAACUGGGAUGGGCGGGGCUACAGGCAAUAAAGGAGGUGUGGCCAUCCGCCUGCUCUUCCACACCACCAGCAUCUGCUUUGUCUGCUCCCACUUUGCUGCCGGCCAGUCACAGGUCAAGGAGAGGAACGACGACUACAAUGAGAUCACACGCAGACUCAGCUUCCCCAUGGGUCGUCUGCUGUACUCGCAUGACUACGUCUUCUGGUGUGGAGACUUUAAUUAUCGAAUCAGUAUGCCCAAUGAGGAAGUGAAAGACCUGAUCAAACAGCAGAGCUGGGACUCCCUGACAGCUGGGGACCAGUUGUUGGACCAGAAGAAUGCUGGUUUGGUGUUCAGAGGUUUUAUCGAGGGGAAGUUAGAUUUUGCCCCCACCUAUAAGUAUGACCUCUUCUCAGAAGACUAUGACACCAGCGAGAAGUGCCGAACACCAGCCUGGACUGACCGCAUCCUCUGGAAGAGGAGGAAGUGGAACUUUAACAAAACGGCUGAGGAGAUGAAUGUAGUAGGGGCACCUUCCACAUCUGGGGAGAAUGAGGACGAUCCACACAACCCCUGGAGCCCUGGAACUCUGAAGUACUAUGGCAGGGCUGAGCUUAAGACCUCAGACCACAGACCCGUGAUGGCUGUAAUAGACGUGGACAUCCUGGAAGUCGACCCAGAGGCGCGUCACCAGGUCUACAAAGACGUCAUCGCCCUGCAGGGGCCCCCAGAUGGCACCAUCCUGGUGUCACUCUGCUCCUCCGGCCCUGAUGACUACUUUGACGAUGCGCUCAUAGACGAGCUGCUGGACAAGUUUUCUAAUUUCGGAGAGGUCAUCCUCAUCAGGUUUGUGGAGGAGAAGAUGUGGGUGACAUUCCUGGAAGGUUACUCUGCGCUUGCUGCUCUGUCUCUCAGCGCUUCCACUGUCCUUGGCAAAGUGAUUGACAUUCGUUUGAAGAGUCCAGGCUGGAUCAAGAGCCUGGAAGAGGAGAUGAGUGUGGAGAGGAUCUGUGGAAGCAUCCCCACCUCGGCCAGCUCCACCCUGCUUGCUGAGGACACAGACAUGGGCGAUGAUGAUUACGAUAUGGAAGGUGAAGUGGAUGAGGAGGUCGAGGAGAUCCUUCCCCAACACCUUCAGCCUGGAGCAGGCUCUGGCCCUGGAUCCUCCCCUCUCCCCUCCCCUCGCAGUAGUCCUUGUCCCUCCCCCACCCACGGAGAACCUGCUGCCCCCAGCAGGCCUAGUCGUGGAGGGCAACCUGCCCGACCAUCACAAGAUUUAAGCCCAUCAUUACUGAGGAGAGAAUUUCCAGGGCCUCCUGUUGACUUCCAGCCUGGUGCCCCCACAUCUCUAGAGCCCAAACGCCCACCUCCCCCUCGUCCCCAAGCUCCCCCAGCCAGACCAGCACCCCCUCAACGCCCACCGCCACCAUCAGGAGGCAUGAGCCCUCUGCCUAUUAGAAGGGAAUCUGGAGGACCAAAAAGCCCCGCUCUUCCUCGGCCAGAUGCUGCUGCAGGUCGAGGCCAGGUAGCAGUGGGAGCUCCCGGACCUGGAGGUGCUUCCAGACCGAAUAUCCCUCCUCGAGCUGGAGUCAUCAGUAUGCCCCCCCAGUCUCGCCCACCACCUCCCGCUCACCCUGGAGCACCUAGACCCAUCCCAGAAGUGCAUCCCGGGGCCCCUCGGCCAAUCCCAGACACCCACCCUGGAGCUCCACGACCUGUGCCCAGCGGCCAGGCAAAACCAUCUGACCUGCCUCUGGGUCCCUCUCCCUCAGGUCCUCCUCUUGCAGAGCCCCCUGCAGGGAGACCCCAGGUUCCAUCACCCAUGCAGCCACCCAUGCAGCCCCAACAGGUUGCACCUGCAGCUCAGUCCCAACUCCCACCACCGAUGCAGCCCACACUUCCAGCUCCACUCCAACCACAGCAAGCUCCUAAAGCAGGGCCCCCUCCUGCUGCUGCCCCUGCUGGGCCUCCACAGGGUCUAGCCUCUCCUAAACCCCCACCACGUUCCCGCUCCUCUCACGCUCUGCCACCUGAUGCUGCCAAGUCUGAGACAGCCCCAGCUGCACAGACUAAUGGACUGAACGGAAUCCAAAGAGAAGCACAAUGGAAGCCCGACCCCUUCGACACACUUACUUCUGAUUUCCUCACCUCCUCCUCAUCCUCCUGGCAAACCACCCAAUCCCUGACCAGAGGCUCCUCUCUGCGUGCUCCCCCCGCAGUUCCUGUGUCGAAGAUGUCCAAUACUCUCCCGACAUCCCUCUCCUUCCAGUCCUCCGCUCUGUCAGACCUGCAGGCACUUGAUUCGUCUUCCUCUUCCUCGCUCUCCACCCCGUCACCAUUCGCCUCCUCCCUGCUCCCGCCUCCUCCGGUACCAUCUCGUAGCCGCUCCCACGAGACACUGCGUGCCUCCCCCGGCCCCCUCCUGAGUGACCCACUUCCUGUGCGACCCAGCAGCACCAAUCCCUUCACAGGCCCACUGGCGCAGCAGCAUCAGCAGCGCCGCGCAAUGACCCCGGAUUUCAGCAUCCAGCACCCUGCCGCAACGCCAAACAUUCAAAGGACCAUGUCCGCUCUCACUCAGCCACUUAUCCCCACCCCUGCUCCAGCAGCAGCCCCUACUGCCACACCCAACUCUCAGCUGCAAAGGACAACGUCCCUGUUUGGACCAUCGUCCACUUUAAAUCCAACACCUACUCCUCUGCUCCCCCUCACGCCAUCUCCUGCCCCCUCCCUGCCUCUGGCACCACCCUCCUCCCUUCCACCUUCCCUCGCACCUCGUCGCCAGCCACCUCCCCCAGGAGGGAAACCAACUCAGCAGUGGGUCACGUUUGAUGAUGAUUUGGAUUUUAAACCUCCAACCAAAACACCACAAGCCCCCGUCUUCCCUUCCAGUUCUCUAGUGCCCCAAACUCAGACUCAGCCCUCCCGCUCUGUGUUUGACUCAGAGCCCGACUGGUUAUCCUCGACCCCUUCAGUAUUCCCAACCCUCCCUCCUCCCAUCCCAUCUAGAACUGUAACCAGUAACCCAAAGCUCCCAGAGGGACCCAGCGACGACUGCUUCUUCCCCAGGGGGUCGACAGAAAGAUAGGAUCACUCAUAAUAUGUAAAGGGCAUAUCCAGAUAUGUAUAGAUCUAUGAUAAAUGUGUAUAUGUGUGUGUGUAUGUACAAAAGAGACAGUAUUUAAGAAGUAUAGACCAAUCCCCUUCUGAAUCACAGGAAAGGAUUUAUAUCUCGAGCAGUAACACGAGAAGUGUAUGAGCCUAAAUGUGUGUUCUAACUUUACCACAGAGAUGUUUGCCUGUUCCCUGAUAUUAACAUUUAUUUUAAUACAAAUCAUUCUGAUGUUUAUUUUUAUUCACGGCAGCAAACGUGCCUGCGUCUACAGUAUAGAGUUAUAUAAAGUACAUCUAUACGCACAAAUCACGUGUUUAACCACCUGUGCAAUAUCAAGACAUUUCUGUGUGGUCGUGCAGCACACUGCAUUCGCCUGUGAGGUUCAGUGUUACCUUGGCAUUUGCUACAUUCACAGACACACAGCGGUUCAUAUCCAUUAUUCUGACUGAACUAAACAUCAGAGCAGGGUACUCAAGUUAGAGGGUAAUCUUCUACCUUGUCGGUUCACGUGUGGCAGAAGGCUAUGCACUGCAGGUUUUACAUUUGCCCCACAAACAGAGUUGUUGUUGUACGUUUUAAUUCUUUUCUUUGUCUGUGAGGGGUGCACAUUUAAAAGUCUUAUUGUGCGCUUGCUUUUAUCAUGAAUGUACUUUACGUUGCACUGGGUUUUGUCAUUGCCUCCUUGCUGACACUGCAGCGUGAACAACAGCACGAGUUAGUGUCAUAAUCAGUCAAACUGUUCACUGCCGCAGGACUGAUGCUCUGUAAUGUCAUCCAAUCCUCUUGAUAGAAAACAUUUUGUUCUCUCUCUCUCUUCAGCCAUUGUUCUUUGUCUAUGGGCUGUUACGCUUAGCUGGAUAUAUUUUGUAGCUCUAUAUCAAAACCUAUACAUAGUGAUUAUGUAUAAAUGUAUGUUUGCAACAUGGGAACUACUCGCUAAAUGUGCGUACGUGUGUUUGUGAUGACCGUAUCAGUGAUUUGCACAAUAUAACUGAUAUGCACUGAAAGGCUGUAUGUGCUCUCUUGGUUGUAUUCUUGCUGAUGGCUGAGUGGCAGAAAUGAGAGCCUGCGGAUUGAACAGACAUCCUGUAGUGUUUUAACCCCUCUUGAUUUAUCCAAAGCAUUUAACCACACUAUUGUAAAUUCAGAGAAUGUGGCGCGUGUGUGUAUACUUCUCUUACUCUCAAGUAUGAAGCUGGUGUGAUUUGGGUUUGAGGACAUGGCAGCAAGGACGAGCCAUGCUUAAUAAUAAGAGGGCACUUUUUUUUUUACUUCAACUUUUGUUCACUGCAAAAGUCAUGCUUUUAAUUUCUAAGAACAUUUACUCUAAAUAACCUAUUGUUGAUACCGUGGUGAGAAGUAACGUGUUGUGUUUGAGGUGCAUAUCGUCCGUUGUCGUGUUUGACAGUGUUUGUGUUUGGAUGUGAGUGCGUGUACAGAGUUUAGAGUGGAAUAUCAGAGCUUUUCCCCAAGGACGUCUUCUCUUUUGAGUGCACACAGUGUAUUUGCGAACAGGUUCUGAUGUAACAGCCACUGUAUUUAUUUACCCAUGGCUGUCACUGUAUUUCUGCUUCCAGCCUGCCACAGGCUGCGGAGUGGUGUCACUGUAUGCGAAGAUGUUAACAAUACAAGACUUGAGAAUUCCCCCGUAGCAACACUAAUAGACGAUUGUUCACCACCUUGACUGAACAGACUCACUGUAUGCUCAAGUGCAUAACCAGGCUAUCAUUUCCAGUUGACUGUUUGUUGUGUCCUUUCUCAGGCGCAGUGCGGCCCACAUUCCAGACAGUAGUGCGAUUUGAGUGUAGGUGUCAAGCUCUCCCGAGCGUUUGCAGGUCCACUUGUGAUAUCUAACCCACAGCUGUUUCCUCCAGAGCCUUGCUGAUUUCGUAAACAUUCAUGAGGUGUGUGUGGUGUUCUCAGAGGUGAUGUGUCAGUAUUUUUUCCCCUGUGCUACCUUAUUUCACUUUCACUGCUAUUGAGUUUCAUAGGUCAGCGUUAAUGUUGACAGUGAUGACGAGCAAUAGUUUUGCAAAAGGAUCAGUGAGAGUACAAUCCUCCCUAAGUUGACACAUGCCAGCUGUUGUAAUCUAAUCAGAUGUUGUUUCCCCCCCCCUCAACCUUCAGAAAUUAUAUAACCGGCCGACAUGUCUUAAAAGAAUUUCGAUGGUUCACGGAGGAUAAAACAUCUGAUCCAAGUACCGGCUUACUAACGCUUCUGUGCUUUGUUAAAACACAAUGUAAAAAUAAGUAAAAAAUAAUCUUUGUUCACUGCGCCUAAAACAGUCGCUAUCAAUGUAAGCAAGUGUAUCAGGUUGCCUUUGCUUACAUGUCGAUGUCAUCUCUAAAAUGCAUUUAUUGUGUUAUCCAAAUGUGUGCGGUAGAUACUGUAUCUGCAUUAACAGUAGGUGACUAGCCAGCGCUUUGUGUCAUGUCAUGUUCAAGAUGAGAUUUUAUAGGAAACAAAAUUGCUCCUUUUGUGAGGUUGGUGUCCCCUUUUUAUGGCUAUAAUCCAUAGUAAAUAACGAGUCUGUGUUGUUGAACAUAUUCCGUAUGUGUUAAAGAGAAACAUGAAGCUGCGAUUCGUGUUAAUAUCUGACGUUCCAUAUUUUAAGUGCACAGCUGAUUGCACCUUUAUGUAUGAAGCAGUUUAUGUUGUAUGUAUGUAUGCAAAAAUAAAUGUAAGUUGACGCUGAA